UUCCUUAAGUCUGUGUCUAUAGAUUGUGUUAUCAGAUAAUAACAUAUGCUAUAAAAUGGGUGAGCAAUGGUAUAAAAUAUCGGAAUAUCUUGAGCAGCUUUAGUAGGAGAAAGUAUUCUCCGAUAUUAAAAAAUGCUGCUCCAAGUACUUGUGGUGGCUUUGGGUGUCGUCACCGCAACUCAUCGAGAUGAGUGUCGUGGAAUGUUACCUGCUCCAACAGAAAAUUGCAACGAGUACAUUUUGCACCACAAUGGCAAACCCUUCGUCAACGAGUGUCCGGAAGGACUUCUUUUUGACAAGAACAGGUUGAUUUGCGAUUUGCCUGAAAAUACGGAGUGUUUGAAGCCUAACGAAUGCAUCAAACAUGGAAUUGAGUGUAAAAGUGACAGUGGUCACCCAGUCUUCCGACCACACCCCAAUUGCACUCAAUUUUGCGAGUGUUCUAACGGAAUUCCAUACGUGCGUAAUUGCCCUAGCAACCUUCACUGGAAUCCAACUUUGAACGCAUGUGACUGGCCUGAACAUGCUGGGUGUGCUGCUGCCAGACAGAACACCACAAGAACAACUGCAAGCGCUUACACCACUUCUCAUCAAAACGUGACUACUUCCAGUCAAAACACCACUACUUCUGCUCCGAGAACCACUAGCCAAAAUGCUACAAGAAUCACUACUUCUCAUCCUCAUACCACUAGUCAGAAUACCACAAGAACCACUAUACCUGCGUCCUCUACAACUAGGCAACAAAGUCCAAGAACUACUUCUUCUCCCAAUACUACUAGUCACGUCACGAGAAGAAGUAGUGAAGCUUCUGAAACGACCACACCAAGUGAGGACCAAAUUGGAACCGAGAUAUGUCUAAAAGAAGGUGUUGUGUGCCAUUGGAACGAACCUGCCUACCAAGCAAUCUCGGACUGUUCCAAAUUCUGUCAGUGUGCUAACGGAAGGCCUUUCUUGAAAAUCUGUCCUGGAGGACUUCACUUCAAUUCUAUAAUUAACGUUUGUGAUUGGCCAAGUCAAGCUGGUUGUGACACCAAUCGUACUACUACAGAAAAAGCUACAACGGAUCGUUUCGAUGACAAAGGAACAGAGGUCAAUGCGUGUCAUAAAGAACAUAUUAGUAAGUUGAAAAUGUUUUGUCAACUUGAGUUUCUUCACUUCAUAUAGGUAUAUGGAUAUCAUACCCGAUUUAUUCAGAAGACAAGAAAACUUGACUCAUGUAUUUGGGGUGCUGCCGCACCAACUACAUUAUGUUGUUUAGAGGAGGACUGUGUUGUCUUACAGAGAACCCCUUUAACGGACUGUCUCGGGACCUUUUUGCACUGACGGGCCGACAGCAAUCUGGCUGUCUUCUACCGCUAUGUCAGCGGGCUUUGCUAUUCAGCGCUCUCCUCCACUUGAGCUUGCUUUUAGUAAAAUUGAGGCGGAGAUACAUGGAACAGUGCGUUAUAAAUUAUUCUGAUAGUGUUUUUGGCGUAUCUUUAACGUUGUCUAAAACUUAAAAUAUAAUAUCCAGCAAUUCAUAAACAAUUCUGACGUAGCUUGAUUACUCAUGCAACUCUUACCGUAUGCCGUAGCAAUGCGAGUCUGACGAUUAUUUAGGACCUAUCAAACUGUUGUUUAAUAACUGAAUAGAAUAAUUUAACACCAAUAACUUACUUUUCAUUCUGAUGGAACUAUAUGUAUUUCUGGCAAGAUUAAACCACGUAUGUUGACGUUUCGGCCAGUACCGUAGCCUUUUUCAAAGUAUUUUUUCAGAAAAAUAAUGAAAAAUACCAAAUUUCUGCAUAUGGAGUUUCAUUUGGUCAGAAAGACAUAGAGUUUUAUCUAGAAUAGAAAUCGUUUUUUUGCUUGUGUGUUUCGUAAAAAAGUAUUCAAAACUCAUACAUUUAAACCUUCUGAUCUAUUCUCUAGUAGAGCCACAUCCAAUAUGAAUUGAUUACCAUACACUUCACGUUAAACUGUCAACGUUACGUUACAUUAUAAUUUAUAGAAGCCCCACCAAAUAGUUGAAACACAGGAAAUAUACCUUUUGAUGCAAAAUAUAUUCAUAAUCCUUGAAAAAAAAAUGAUGGGAAAUACCCCGUUGCCGUGGCCUUACAGAAAUCUCAAGUUUAAUUUGAAUGCAGAUAACUCAAUUCUGUGUCCCGGAUUAGUAAAAUCGGGCCUAAAAGAAACAAUUUUUGAUGGAAAGGUUUUAAUAACAAGUGUUUCUAGAAGACUUGAAAGAGUACAAUUAAUAUUUGUAUCCUUCCACAGUAUGAGCAUUAUUUUGAUUUCCAGAAUGUCCUGUUGUCGACCCAAGAACACCAGUAUACCGUGCAGUCUCAG